AUGGGCUCUCCCAUCUCACCCAUCAUUGCAAAUAUCUUUAUGGAACACUUCGAAAAUCAAAUUCUAAAAAACGCACCUCUCAAACCAUCUACAUGGUUCCGAUACGUUGAUGACACUUUUGUCAUCUGGAGCCAUGGCAGAGACACUCUUCCUCAAUUUCUUGCCUUUCUCAACUCUCAGCAUCCUAACAUUCAGUUCACAAUGGAAGUAGAACAAAACAGCCAAAUCCCUUUUCUAGACGUGUUGGUCAGAAGGAACGAUGAUGGUACUUUAAGCCAUCAGGUCUAUCGAAAACCAACACACACAGAUCGAUAUCUUCACGCCACCUCCCACCACCACCCUUCGCAAAAGAAUUCAGUCAUUAGCUCCCUGGUAUACAGAGCCCUCACAAUUUCCGAAUCAACCUCUUUGAAUGGGGAAUUAGAACACCUCAACCAAGCCUUAACAAAAAAUGGAUAUAGCCCUAGAAACAUCAAUCAAACAAUCCAAAGAUUGAAGAACAAAAUUUCCAAUCCCAACAAUGUCGAGACACCGCAUGAAGAAAAAGAAAAAGAAAGAGAAAAGUUCCAGAUGGCUUUCCUUCCGUAUCUGCAAGGCACGACAGAACGCAUUAGCAGGAUUCUGCGAAGACACAAUAUAAAAGUGAUCUCCAAACCACAAAGGAAGAUUUUCCAGCUACUUCCUAACCCGAAGGAUCAGAGACCACGCUUAGAAACACCAGGUGUAUACAAAAUCCCCUGCUCUUGCGGAAAAGUGUACAUAGGAGAAACCGGGAGGAAGAUCAGUACACGAAUCAAAGAACAUCAACGGUGUACCAAAUACGGCCACUUUUCUCAAUCAGCCCUAGCCGAACACUGGAUGGAGACUGGACACUCCGUGCAAUACGACAAAACCACGAUGCUAGCCCCCUCUCAAGGGUACUUCGCCAGAAAACAUCGCGAAAGUCUGGAAAUUUUCAAGCAUCCCGACAACCUCAACCGAGAUAAAGGUUAUCAGACAAACCCGAUUUGGCACACUGUCCUCCCGGUUUUUUAA